UGAGGCGCAAUGGCUUGGUUUGACCGCGGGGUUCAAACGCUGCUGGCCACCGCCGGGGCUUUCGCCGCGUUCAGCCUCAUGACCAUCGCCAUAGGGACAGACUACUGGCUGUAUUCGCGCGCGUACAUCUGUAACGCCACCAAUGCCUCUACGGACGACACCCCAUCGCAGCCCAAAACUAAGAAAGGCGACCUGACCCACUCGGGGCUGUGGAGAAUCUGUUGUAUUGAGGGUAUCAACCAAGGCAGCUGUAACAGGAUCAACCAUUUCCCCGAUGACAACGACUAUGACACGGACAGCUCUGAGUACCUCCUGCGCAUCGUGCGGGCCUCCAGUGUGUUCCCCAUCCUCAGCAAUGUCCUGCUGAUGUUUGGGGGGCUCUGUGUCGGGAUGGGCCACGUCUACAGUAAGCGCAACAACAUCCUCCUCAGCGCAGGCAUCCUGUUCGUUGCUGCAGGUCUGAGCAACAUCAUCGGCAUCAUCGUUUACAUAUCCAGCAACGCCGGUGACCCCAACGACAGGCGGGAUGAUGACCGCAAGUAUACAUACUCCUACGGCUGGUCCUUCUACUUUGGCGCGCUGUCCUUCAUCGCGGCCGAGGCAGUGGCCGUGCUCGCCAUCAACAUCUAUAUCGAGAAGAACAAGGAGGUGCGCUGGCGAGCACGCCGCGACUUCAUCCGCUUUCUCUCCUCUUCCUCACCAUACUCGCGAAUGCCCAGCUCCCACUUCCGCCGGCGGACAUCACGCUCCAGCUCUCGCUCCACAGAGGCGUCGCGAGAGAACUCGCCAGGCACCAACGUCCGCAAGGGGGGCAUGGUGCCGUCUCCCAGCAGGCCACUCGGCGAGCUGUCCAUGUACACUUUGGCCAGGGAUAGUGUUGCCGAGAGCCCCUACAGCCCAGAGCAUGAUGUCGCAGCCACCGCUGCUGAAUUCCUGCAGGUGCAUAACUGUUUCCCCAAUGACCUCAAGGACGGGGGCAACCGCAGGACCACACCGGUGUGAAGCACAGGGUCUCGUCCCGUGGUCUCGUCCCGGGGUCUCGUCCCGGAGUCUCGCCUAUGGGUCUCAUCUCGGGAUCUCGUUCUGUACUCGGGUUCCGAAGCGAUACUGGGGUUACAAAGGGGUUCUCGGUAACAAUUGGGUACUGGGGUUUCCGGAAACUCAGAGGACAGGUAAUAGAAAUGGAGUCCACAAAAGAAAACCAUCGGAGACCAUUCCAUACUUUGAGUUACUUCAGGGUCCAAAGAGAGGAGCA